CGUGUAGUAGCGGUCGAGACACCGGCUCAUGUCCUUCCUUCCAUGUUGUCUCGAAUAGCUUACGUUCAUUGUUCGCAAGCCAUAAGGGUCCGUGAUGGUUCUUGAACGUGACAGUGAGUCCUCGGACAGCAGCGGAGAUGCGGACAGUGCACCUAAAGGAAACAACAAGAAGAAGCCGGGAAAGAAGACAGCUUUGUCCACCCGCAUCAAUAUUCUUACUGAUACUGGCGGUACCAAGUAUGACCUCAAUAACAGUAGGCUGCGAAAAACUGGUGACAAGACAACACUUGAACAACACCAUCCUACACAAAAUGUCCGUCAGCAAGAACCGGUGGUCAAUCUUGGUGGGUACCCCUACGCCCUUGUGCCAUCUGUAAACUACCCUGGUGCGUCACCUCCUCCUGUCCUCCUGUCACUCCCGCCACAAGAUGACGUAGAACAACAAGAUGUUUUGUUUGUUCCUGUAACGCAGGACAUUGCCGACAUGCUUUCACGUACCCGUGAGGACCGCAUGGGCCAACUGAUCUGCGAAAUCCUGGAAAGGCAAAUCGAGCAGCAGGAGAAGCAACUGCUGGCUGCGCGUCUGCGUCAGCUGCAGCCGACAGAGCUACAACCUCCCGCAUCAGUUUCGAUAAAUAUAAGUCGUCCACCGUUGUCGCACGAAGCGGGACAGUCAUCACCGCAGCAGACAAUUCAAGCGACGCAUGUUGGGACACCAGUACGGGUACAAAUUGGUCAGCAAGGACAGGAACACACGUUCCAGCAAACACUGCAACCUCCACAACAGCAGGUCACGUUUUCCGUGCGACCGCAGGAAAACGUUACGAUAGCUGGAGAGAGAACCACGCCAGUGACCAUAGAGCCACUGCAUCCAACCCAAGAGGUAGCGGGCCAAGUGGUUGCGUAUGAAACAGUGCAUCAACCCGUGUUCCAACCAAUUAGUCACCCAAUGCUGCAACAACCGGGACCACCAUUUCAGGAGUUUUUGCCGCAACCAUAUUUCCAGCCAGUGGGACAAAUGCUUUCUCAGCCCAUGAGCGAACCAUGUAUUCAAAGCGUUGGCCAACAGGCGUCGCAGUAUAUUUACGAACCGAUGAACCCAUGCGUCGUGCAACCGGCGCAGCAGUUUAUGAAUCAGUCCUUCGCCCAACAACAAAUGACAGGACUGACGUUUCAGCCUAUGGGUCAGGGGAUGCUAGUCGACAGAAUGCCGAUAGGUCCACAUCAGAUGCAAGAAGCUCCCCAGAUCGGUCAACAAAUGUCGCUGCAAGUAAAUAAUGAAGCCUUGCCUAUGUAUUCUCUGGCUCAAUGGCAAAUUACCCAGCCAGCAGGUCAGCAGCCAAAUAUGAAUAUAAGCCAGGAUCCUUUCUACAUCGGAGCAGGAAUGCAGGAGCAGCUGUUCCUUGGCUACCCGGUAGAACCGAAGAAAAAGAAGUCGAAAAAGGAAAAGUCGAAAGCCGAGAGUAAAAAGUCACCAACAGUGUCGCCCCUCACUGUAAGAUGUGUUCAAGAAGAUGUUAACGUUCCCGCACAGCCAGAUGACCAGCAUAUCAAGGGCCGUCGAGUAAGUCAGGCUCCCGUACAGCAAAACGACAAUGACAUGCUAUGUCAUGCCUGUAAACGUGCCAGUAUUCAGGUUUCUGGCCCUCAACAAAAAGACAUUGGCAUGCACGGCAGGACGACGAUCUCGGCAAUGGAUCGUACGACAGAGCAACCGCGACGAACUAGCCAGGCGAACGUAAAUCAGGUCAAUGACAUCGACAAUCAAGCACAAGCACAGAACAUUGGAUUGUAUGGUGGCGUAUUGCGUGAGCAGAACGGGCAGCAGGGUGCCAAGAUUGGUGCUGCCCUUGGUCAGGUUGGUCCUGGUGCUCAGUGUCCGGCCACUUCGUAUCAAAGGCCCCCUUACCUGGGUUCACCGCCGAUAUUGCCGCCAGUUGCACCACAAGAUCAACCGCUAUCUGGUCCAUCUCCACAAACGCAGCCCGGACCUCCUCCUCAACCAGUUCCUCUUUCGCCAAACAUAAAUGAGGAUGCGGCAAAGGACAACGCGCCAGGCGACAACCGCUGUAUCUACCCUGCUUGGGUGCUCAUCAGCGCCGCCGUCAUCGUCCUGAUUUUCGCCACCGUCGUAUACAUUGUUUUUUAUGGUGGAAGGUCACAUGGUAAGAGAAGGGAUCUGCUUGAAGAGACAUGCUUGAUAUGCUUGUCUACGGAGGUAGUGCAACCAGGUUCUACUCUUCGGACAGAUCAACGCCUCUGGAGGCACCACCACCACGAGAAGCGAACUCGAAGGCUCCGGGAGAAGAGCACACCUCAGCACAUUUGGAACUGGUGACGACGCUGCAAGAAAAAGGCACGUCAUUCCAACUUUCCAAGUGCCUUGCAAAUUUGAUACUGCGAUACUUUAUUGAAAUAUUAAGAAAAAGCACUUGGUA